AAACGAAAGCAGACAAUCUAAAUUUUCAUUUCCUGAUAACAUAGACCGCCAUUAGCAGAGACAUUUAUCAGAAUGGACCAUAUUACCCGCCUGUCAGAGGUUUUGUUUGUUGGUCUAUGUCGUAAAAUAGGGACACCGACAGAAGUGGCCAUCAGGAGGGACGUGUUGGACAUGUGGGAGAUGAUAGAAAAACCCGUAUCUAUGUAUAGAGAACUUUUAAGGUUGUGGAGUGGUAGUUAUGGAGAGGGAUUUAGGUUUACAUCAUCUGACUUAGAUGUAAUGCUCUGGCAUUGUAGGUCUAGACUAAUAACAGACAUCUCUCAGUCAAGGAACUAUGAUAUUUCAAAAGAUGAUAUCGUACUAAUGGAAGAUUUUGACACACCUCCAGGGUUUGUUAGACUACGCCCAUUGGCACUGAAACAGAACAAGAACAAACUCUCCUGUGUUGUUGUAUUUAAUGGUAGAGCUUAUAUAUCUAGUUUUCUAUGGAGAGAAAUGUUUUUCCAGUCAAUGGCAAAUGAUGAAUUUUUCCGACACAAGAAUAUCAGUACCCAUGGUCCAUGCACUAGUGGUUUCAUAAAUACUAUUGAAUUCGAUCAUGCCUUUUGUUUUGCAAGUAAAUAUUGGCCUAAACAGAUGAGAUCAUGGGUUGACAGAUGUCGAAGACAUACAUGGCCACCGGCACCUGUGUUGGAAAAAAUUCUAAGAAAAGGGUACCACUGUGUGCCUAUAGAAAGUAAAAUUGUUUCGACAUGUAACGAAUUAGAAUGGAGAUUAUCGUUUUCCCGAGCUGAACAACAACUAGUGUAUACUAUGAAUCAUACACAAUUUUUAUGUUACGGACUUCUGAAAAUAUUUCUAAAGGAAGUUAUCAAUUAUAGGAAGGAACCCUUGCUGUGUUCAUAUUACAUGAAGACCACUAUGUUCUGGAUGAUACAACAGGGUCACUUAAGAUGGUGUCCAAGGAAUUUACUAGACUGCUUUUGGAAGUGUUUUAAAUAUCUCAUACAUUGUAUUUAUCGAGGGGAUUUUCCUAAUUUUUUUGUUCCACAGAACAACAUGAUCAUAAACAGAAUUGUUGGCGACGCACUAAAAUUUCUUUUACAACAGCUUUAUCAAUAUUACAGAAUGGGCGUGUCCUGUCUACUCUUGAGUCCGACUCUCAGAACAAUACUAGAACCUGCUCUCUGUAGUCCGUCCUUUGUUUUGUCUACUGCUGACGGAGAAUUUAUUAGUAUUGCUGAUAAAGAUAUGUGUGUCAUGUCUGAAAUGUUUAAACUUAGUUUUCCUAAUCAACAUAUAGAGGAUUGUUAUCUCUACUUGAAAUCCAUUGAUGCACUAUCAAAAUGUUCAUUCUCCCCAUAUCAGUUACUCACAUUACAGUAUGGGACAUCUGAGGUACUUGUUCAUCUUGCAUUCACAAUAGCAAAUGCUCGUUCAACUUACACACAUAGAUAUGUUUACACCUUAGAUAGAAUAAGUUAUAACAUGAUAAAGUUAGCAGUUAGGUUAGGCCCUGUAUCUUCAUUAUUAUAUCUAGCAUUGUAUUACUAUAGAACAUCACUGUGUGAUAAAACACUACAUAUCAUCGAUCUAAGUAAACAAAGACUGCCGCAAGACUUUGUCAUAUAUCCUUCCAAUAUUGUCAAUAAACAGAGGUAUAAUGAAGUUGUGGGUAAUCUCCCUUUGUCUAGAAGGAUGAAAGUAGCUUCUGUGAAAGAUAUAUAUUUACACAACAAUAUUCAAUAUAUAGAAGAAUUGUGUUUAGAGCAAACUUUGAGUCUACAAAACGGAAAUAAUACGCUAAUGCUACCAUCACAUGUUAUGGUUAAGAUGUUGUCAAUAUUAUGUCACUUUAGACUAGGUAAUAGAUCCCAGUUUUUACAGUCACUGACAGACCUACAGGCACUGCUGCUCUAUGAUGAUGGGAAGUAUGUGCAUUUACAUUUAAGAGACAUAUCCUGGCAGAUACUAGGAAUCUGUCAGCAAGUUGUGGGAGACUUACACGGGGCUUUACGGUCUUAUCAAGAGUCGCUCAGACAGGUCCAAUUCCACAAAAUUCAAGAAGCUACAUUUAUAAGAAUUGAAAAUGUUAGAGAGCAAAUACAUAGAAAUAUACAAUCAUAGCCAAAUAGGAAUGUCUAGAUUCCUGGAGAUUUUCUUUGUGGGUCGAAAAAUAAGAACCAAAAGUUGAGAACACUAUUUUGUGAAAUAUCUAGAAAUAAUGUCACUUGUAUUAUCUGUUGUUUAAGAAUGGUCGUAUAAAUAAAAAAAUAUGAAGUUCUUUAACGUAAAUUUACAUUUCAAA